AUGUUAAAUUUUAGUAGAAACAAGUAUAAGAGUGAUUCAUUGCUGGCAAGCAAGCUUUGUAAAGAUGCAUCCUUACUUACGAAUUCACAAACAGUUAAUGAGCAAAUAACUCAUUCACAAGAAACCGCAAAAGCAAUGGACAACAGUAAAUCUCAUCUUCAAACAAAAUCUAUUGGAUCGGUAUUUGGUUUCUCGAUAAAAUCACCAAAAAUUCCGAAACAUUUUCAUCCAUCAUUUCAGAAAGCCGUCAAGGUAACGAAAGAAAAGAAAUACCAAGAAGCAACAGAAUAUUGGACAGAAUUAUUAAAGAAAUAUCCGGAAAGUUAUUCCAUAAGAUGUGAACGUGGAAAUGCCAAUUUCAACAAAAAUGAAUAUGGAAAAGCAUUACAAGAUUUAAACACGGCAAUAAAACAAAAACCAACGAAAACCAAAGGAUAUUUUAUCAGGUUUAAAGUAUUUAAUGCUUUGAAAAGAUUCGACGACGCAUUAUCAGAUAUAAAUUUUAUAUUAUACAUUAAUCCUAAAGAUAAAGAUGCAGAAUAUACGCGGAUCCAAAUUCUUAUUCGUUUAAAAAGGCAAGCCUCAUAUGAAGAUGCAUUAAAAAGUUUAACAUCAGAACUACAGUCCAAUCCAAAUGAUAUAAAAUUAUUAUCAGAUCGAGGAAACGUGUAUCGUGCACUACAACAAUAUGACAAUGCGUUAGCUGAUCUCAAUCAUGCCUUGAAACUUUGCCCAAAAAGCGUAUUUGCCUUAUUAAGUCGUUCUAAAAAAGAAGCUAGAUUAGCUUUGGAAACCAUAAUAAAAUUGCAACCAACUAAUCUUAAAAUUAUACAUCAACAUGCAGAUUUAUGUGAGUCAUUAUCAUUAUAUAUUGAUUCAUUAUCGGAUUGGAAUAAAUUAUACAAAUUAUUAGAUCCCAAAUCUAAUUUAGAAAGUGAUAAAAAAGCCAUCAAGGCAGUUCUUUUAAAUCGAGGAAGGAUUCUAACAAAACUUUGUAGAUACGAAGAAGCAUUAUCAGAUUUUAAUCAAGGAUUAAAAUUAUUUCCGCAAAAUGUUAGUUUAUUAUGUUAUAGAGCUGAAAUUUAUCAACAACUAGGUAAAUCCGAAGAAGCAUUAAAUGAUUUAAAUAAUAAUAUAGAUCAACCAAAAAAUGCAUGUCAAUUCUAUGUUACUCGAGCUGGAAUUUAUUUAUCUUUAAGAAAGUAUCCCGAGGCUUAUCAAGAUUUGAAAAUAGGUUUGGAAACCAAAUUUGACCUUAUGUCUGAAAUUUCGUAUAGUUUGUAUACAUUGGGAUUAUGUUAUAGGGGUUCAAUUUAUCGAAUAUAUAAAAAAUAUGAUAAAGCUUUAGUUGAUCUGAAUCGAGUUAUCCAACGAGAUCCAAAUAACGUUUUGGCAUUGUGUGAACGAAGUGCUAUUUAUAGGGAACAAGGACAAUUUGAAGAUGCUUGGA